GAAGAGAGGACCAGCCCCUGCCAGCGUGAGUGAUCUGGCUUGGGAUUUGCUGUCUGGCAGAAAACCACAUGCAAUUAACAGCUGGCAUCAGGGGAAAAGCGGACAUCCAACACUAGCUCUGAGGGAGAUCAGCCGAGAAACCUUCCAGGAGUUGACGGUACUGCUGUAUUUUCAUCUCAGUACCCCUCUUCUCCAGCAAAGAGCAGCAUACCAGACCUGUGUCCUGCACUCUUGACUCUAGAAGAAUGAAAUCUUACAACGUCCUCCUCCUAGCCUCUCUCUUCCUUUCCCUGAUGCUGCUUUGUCCGGUCUGGGCUCAGUUUCCACGAGAGUGCGCCAAUAUUGAGGCUCUGAGAAGUGGGGUGUGUUGUCCAGAUCUGUUUCCUUCCUCUGGACCAGGGACUGACCCCUGUGGCUCAUCGUCAGGAAGGGGCAGGUGUGUGGCUGUGACCGCAGACUCCCGACCCCACAGCCGCCAUUAUCCCCAUGAUGGCAGAGAUGACCGAGAAGGCUGGCCUCUGAAGUUCUUCAAUAGGACGUGUCAGUGCAAUGGUAAUUUCUCAGGACACAACUGUGGGGCUUGUCGUCCUGGGUGGAGAGGAGCUGCAUGCAACCAGAAAAUUCUCACAGUCAGGAGAAAUCUUCUUGACUUAAGUACAGAAGAAAAAAGCCACUUCGUCAGGGCCUUGGAUAUGGCGAAGCGUACAACUCACCCUCAAUUUGUCAUUGCCACAAGGAGGUCAGAAGACCUGCUGGGACCAGAUGGCAGCACACCACAAUUUGAGAACAUUUCCAUUUACAACUACUUUGUUUGGACACACUAUUAUUCAGUCAAAAAAACCUUCCUUGGGGCAGGACAGGAGAGCUUUGGUGAUGUGGAUUUCUCUCACGAAGGACCAGCUUUCCUCACAUGGCACAGGUACCAUCUGCUGCAGCUGGAGCGAGACAUGCAGGAGAUGCUGCAGGAGCCUUCUUUCUCCCUUCCUUACUGGAAUUUUGCAACUGGGAAAAACGUCUGUGAUAUCUGCACUGAUGACUUGAUGGGAUCCAGAAGCAACUUCGAUUCUACUCUUAUAAGCCCCAACUCUGUCUUUUCACAAUGGAGAGUGGUCUGUGAAUCCUUAGAAGAGUACGAUACCCUGGGAACACUUUGCAACAGCACUGAGGGUGGUCCAAUCAGGAGAAACCCAGCCGGAAAUGUAGGGAGACCAGCAGUACAGCGUCUUCCUGCGCCACAGGAUGUUACUCGAUGCCUGGAGGUUCGUGUGUUUGACACGCCUCCUUUUUAUUCCAAUUCUACAAACAGUUUUCGAAACACAGUGGAAGGUUACAGCGAUCCCACGGGGAAAUAUGACCCUGCCGUUCGAAGCCUUCACAACCUGGCCCACCUCUUCCUGAAUGGGACAGGAGGACAAACCCAUCUGUCUCCCAAUGAUCCUAUUUUUGUCCUCCUGCAUACUUUCACUGAUGCAGUCUUUGACGAAUGGCUAAGGAGAUAUAAUGCCGAUAUUUCUACCUUCCCACUGGAAAAUGCCCCUAUUGGACAUAACAGGCAAUAUAACAUGGUACCAUUCUGGCCUCCAGUUACCAACACAGAAAUGUUUGUUACUGCUCCAGACAACCUGGGAUAUGCUUAUGAAGUUCAAUGGCCAGGUCAGGAGUUUACUGUAUCUGAAAUCAUUACCAUUGCUGUAAUAGCUGGGCUGUUACUUGUAGCUGCCAUUUUUGGGAGUGCUUCUUGUCUGAUCCGCUCUAGAAGCACCAAGAAUGAAGCCAACCAGCCUCUCCUCACUGAUCACUACCAACGCUAUGCUGAGGAAUAUGAAGAACUCCCAAAUCCUAAUCAAUCCAUGGUCUGACACCUGCCUGCCUGGCCUCUCAUGCAACAGGUUGGGAAGCAACCUGAUUGAAACACAGCCGUCAACCGCAUUUCCUUUUGCUACCUUCUUUCCUUUUUACUAUAGAUGUGGUGUGGAAUUAAAGCAUCGCUUUGCUUUUCAGAGAUGCGGAUUCAGAAUCUUUUGAAUGGGUUUUAAUUAUUAGUUCUAUUGAAGAUGACAUAUUGUACCAGCCUCAUGAUAUCCGAGAGGGUAACGUGAUUCUUUGUGGUAUGCUGUGAAGAAGUGAUGCUUUCUGUACACAGGAAAAUAAGUGGUGUAAAAUCUACACUUCAAAUAUAUGAUUGGCCAAUCUUAUAGAGUGAACAUGGGAAUGCAUUGCCAUUGCUGGUACUAAUCAAAAGAUUUAAAAGCAGCCAGGUUGACUGGUAAAAUAAAUUACAUAACACUAUGAACCAAUAGAGCCCUGAUUAUCUUUCUGAAACUGGUCUCAUUAUUUUGCUGUCAGUAUAUUAUUUGGCCUCAGGUGCAAGACCACAACAAAGUCACAGUCCUUGUCACACGUUGUAAAGAUGAAAGCUUCGUUUACUGGAACACAGCUGCUACUGUAUAUUUGCUACUGCGUACCCAGCUCAGUUCUCUGGAUGGGAAACUGCCCCUGCCACAGUUCACCUCCUAAUUCUAAUGUCUUAGAGGCCUACAAGGAAGGUAUAAUUCAGAGGACACGGUGUUCUGUGCAUCUUAUCAAACGUUGUGUUUCAUUAUUAUUAUAACAGCAUUAUUUCACCACUUAUCAGCCGUCUGUGUAUUUCAAAAUAAAUACGAUAAAAUCUUGUUUCAUUGGUC